AUGGUUCCCGGGGUGAGAAUCCUCUCCUCUUUGCUGGGACUCGUGAUGUUCUGGUUCCCCUUGGACUCGCAAGCCCGAGCCCACCAAGAGAAGGAGGAGGCAGAAGCUCUGAGGGCAUCCAUGGUUAAGACAGAACCUCUAGGGGCAGAGAAGAGCCCCAAAGGAGACCUGAGUGAGGAGCAAAUCGGCCAUGUGAAUUGUUACCGCCUCCGAUGCCCACGCCUCCACUGCUCACAGCCUGUAAUGGAGCCACAGCAGUGCUGCCCCAGGUGUGUGGAUCCUCAUCUCCCCUCUGGGAUUCGGGCUCCCCUAAAAUCCUGCCAGCUCAAUGAGACCACAUACCAACAUGGAGAGAUCUUCAGUGCCCAGGAGCUGAUCCCCACCCGCCUGUCCAACCAGUGUGUCCUCUGUAGCUGUAUUGAGGGCCACACCUACUGCGGUCUCAUGACCUGCCCUGAACCCAGCUGCCCAACCCCAUUCCCUCUGCCUGACUCCUGCUGUCAGACCUGCAAAGACAGGACAAGUGAGAGCUCCACUGAGGACCUGACACAGGUGCAGCACGGAGAGGUGAGUAGACAGGAUCCGUGCCCAGAGGAUGGAAAGAGGAGAGGCCCCAGCACCCCAGCCCCUACCAGCCUCAGCUCCCCUCUGGGCUUCAUCCCUCGCUACUUCCGACCAAUGGCAACUGGCAGCACUACUAUCAAGAUUAUCCUGAAGGAGAAACAUAAGAAAGCUUGCACCCACAAUGGGAAGACAUACUCCCAUGGGGAGGUGUGGCACCCUACUGUGCUAUCCUUCGGCCCCAUGCCCUGCAUCCUGUGCACAUGUGUGGAUGGCUACCAGGACUGCCAUCGUGUGACCUGCCCCACCCAAUAUCCCUGCAGUCAACCCAAGAAAGUGGCUGGGAAGUGCUGCAAGAUCUGCCCAGAGGAGGAGGCAGAUGCUGACCACAGUGAGGUCUUUUCCACCAAGUGUCCCAAGGUGCCAGGCCAGGUCUCUGUGUACACAUUGGUAUCUCCAAGUCCAGCUCCAAGCCCAGACACCCUGCACCGCUUUGUCCUGGAGCAUGAAGCCUCUGACCAGGUAGAGAUCUACAUCUGGAAGCUAGUGAAAGGAAUCUUCCACUUGGUUCAGAUCAAGAGAGUCAGGAAGCAAGAUUUCCAGAAAGAGGCCCAGAACUUCCGGCUGCUCACCGGCACCCAUGAAGGUUACUGGACCGUAUUCCUAGCCCAGACUCCAGAGCUGAAAGUCACAGCCAGCCCAGACAAAGUGACCAAGACAUUAUAACAAGGACCUAAACAGUUGCAG